UGUCCGUCCCUCCGUCCGUCCGUCCGUCUGUCUGUGUGUUUCAUUAAAGUUGUUGGUGGAACUUUGUGCUCCAGGAUUCUUCUCCGUUCUCUCCUCGGACGAACCGCGGGCCUGUUUUCGAGGCUGGCCCUGGACAAGAUGGCUCCGACGGACGCCGUCCACGGACAGCCCGCAGACGCCGAAUGCAUUUCUGCAGAGUCUGAGCUACGAGCAGUGCUGCAGCAAAGGAUCAUGGUCCUAGACGGCGGGAUGGGAACGAUGAUCCAGCAGCAUAAGCUCGAAGAGAAGGAUUUUAGAGGGAAUGAGUUUAAAGAACAUCCACGUCCACUGAAGGGCAACAACGACCUGCUGAGCCUCACACAACCACACAUCAUCUACAAUAUACACAAGGAGUACCUCCAGGCUGGAGCUGAUAUCAUAGAGACCAACACAUUCAGCAGUACGUCCAUUGCUCAGGCCGACUACGGACUGGAACACAUGGCCUACCGUCUGAACAAGGCGUCUGCAGAGCUGGCGAGGAGAGCCGCAGACGACGUGUCCAAACAAACUGGUUGUAAACGCUACGUGGCGGGUGCGGUCGGUCCAACCAAUAAAACCCUGUCUGUGUCACCGUCGGUGGAGAGGCCGGAUUUCAGGAACAUCACGUUCGAUGAACUGGUGGAGGCCUAUUCAGAGCAGGUCCGAGGUCUAUUGGACGGAGGAGCUGACAUCCUAUUGGUAGAAACCAUCUUUGACACAGCUAACGCUAAGGCUGCACUGUUCGCCAUCGACCUGCUGUUUGAGAAGAGCUACCAAAGGAAACCCAUAUUUAUCUCAGGGACCAUCGUGGACCGAAGUGGACGGACUCUGUCGGGUCAGACGGGCGAGGCCUUCGUGGUCAGUGUGUCUCACGCUAAACCUCUGUGUAUCGGUCUGAACUGCGCUUUAGGAGCCACGGAGAUGAGGCCCUUCAUCGAGGCCAUCGGAAAAUGCACCACGGCUUUUAUUCUGUGUUACCCCAACGCAGGUUUACCCAACACAUUCGGAGGCUACGAUGAAACACCAGAUGUAACAGCAUCCAAUCUCAAGGAGUUCGCCACAGACGGACUGGUGAAUGUAGUCGGAGGCUGCUGUGGGACGACGCCGGCACACAUCAGAGCCAUAUCUGAGGCCGUCAGACAGAGUCCGCCCAGAGCUCCGCCCACUGAGGUCUAUGAGGACUACCUACAACUCGCAGGUCUGGAGCCCUUCAGAAUCGGCCCUUACACCAACUUUGUAAACAUCGGCGAGCGCUGCAACGUGGCCGGGUCACGCAAGUUCGCCAAACUAAUCAUGGCAGGAAAUUAUGAGGACGCCUUAAGCAUUGCUAAAGCCCAGGUGGAGAUGGGGGCUCAGGUGCUGGACAUCAACAUGGAUGAGGGGAUGCUGGAGGGGCCCGUUGCCAUGGCGCGGUUCUGCAACUUCAUCGCAUCGGAGCCAGACAUUGCACGGGUUCCUCUGUGCAUCGACUCAUCCAACUUCGCCGUGAUCGAGGCCGGUCUGAGAUGCUGCCAGGGCAAAUGCAUCGUCAACAGCAUCAGUCUGAAGGAAGGCGAGCAGGAGUUCCUGGUCAGAGCCGCCACGGUGAAGCGCUACGGAGCCGCCGUGGUGGUGAUGGCGUUCGACGAGGAGGGGCAGGCCACAGACACGGACCGUAAAGUGGAGAUCUGCACUCGAGCCUAUAAACUACUGGUCAGUAAAGUGGGAUUUGACCCCAACGACAUCAUCUUUGACCCCAACAUCCUCACCAUCGGCACCGGCAUGGACGAACACAACGACUACGCCGUCAAUUUCAUCAGAGCCACAAAACUCAUCAAGGAGACAUUACCCAGAGCCAGAGUGAGCGGAGGUCUGUCCAACCUUUCCUUCGCCUUCAGAGGAAUGGAGGCCAUACGAGAGGCCAUGCACGGAGCGUUUCUCUACCACGCCAUCAAGGAUGGGAUGGACAUGGGCAUAGUGAAUGCUGGGAAUUUACCGGUGUACGACGACAUCGACAAAGAGCUGCUGCUGCUGUGUGAAAACCUGAUCUGGAACCGAGACGCUGAGGCCACAGAGAAACUACUGUCCUACGCACAGAACAACGUCAAAGGAGCGAAGAAGGCAGCUCAGACCGACGAGUGGAGGGAAACUAGUGUGGAAGAGAGGCUGGAGUACGCCCUCAUCAAGGGAAUAGAGAAGUUCGUGGUGGAGGAUGUGGAGGAAUGCCGUUGUCAGGUGGACCGCUACACUCGACCCCUCCACAUCAUCGAGGGCCCCCUGAUGAACGGCAUGAAGGUGGUGGGGGAUCUGUUUGGAGCUGGGAAGAUGUUCCUGCCACAGGUGAUCAAGUCGGCCCGAGUUAUGAAGAAGGCGGUGGGAUAUCUGAUUCCAUUUAUGGAGAAGGAGAGGGAGGAGAUGAUGGCGUCGUCAGGGGCAACCGAGGAUGUGGAUCCAUAUCAGGGCACCAUCGUUCUGGCCACAGUCAAGGGGGACGUCCACGAUAUCGGAAAGAACAUUGUAGGUGUGGUCCUGGGCUGCAACAACUUCAGAGUGAUCGACCUGGGUGUGAUGGUUCCAUGUGACCAGAUCCUCAGAGAAGCUAUUGCACAGAAAGCAGACAUCAUCGGCCUGUCGGGGCUCAUCACGCCGUCUCUGGAUGAGAUGAUCUACGUGGCCAAAGAGAUGGAGAGGCUGGGAAUGAACACUCCUCUGCUGAUCGGAGGAGCCACCACGUCCAAGACCCACACGGCGGUGAAAAUUGCCCCUCGCUACACUUCUGUUGUUCCCGUCCUGGACGCCUCCAGGAGCGUCGUGGUGUGUUCUCAGCUCCUGGACGACGUCAUGAAGGACGAGUACUUCGAGGAUCUGAAGGAGGAGUACGAGGAGGUCAGGCAGGACCACUACGACUCCCUGAAGGAUCGUCGGUAUCUGACUCUAUCCCAGGCCAGAGAGAAGGCUUUACACAUCGACUGGAUCUCUGAACCCAAACCAGUGCGUCCUCAGUUCAUGGGAACCCGUGUGUUCGAGUGUUACGACCUCAACAGCCUCCUGGACUUCAUCGACUGGAAGCCUUUCUUCGACGUGUGGCAGCUACGAGGAAAAUACCCCAACAGAGGAUACCCCAAGAUCUUCAAGGACACAACAGUCGGUGAGCUCGGCAAGGUUUUUGACGACGCACAGAGACUGCUCAACAGAAUGAUUGACAGCUCAAGUCUGAAGGGGCGGGGCUUGGUGGGGUUCUGGCGGGCCCAGAGCGACGGCGACGACAUCAACGUGUACAAAGACGACGUCCGAGUGAACAGAGACUCUAAGCCUGUAGCUGUGUUCCACGGCCUGAGGCAACAGGCGGAGAAGGACAGCGCCAGCUCCGAGCCCUACCUGUGCGUGUCGGACUUCGUGGCCCCGGUCAACAGUGGCGUGGCGGACUAUGUCGGUGUAUUUGCAGUCGGGGUGUUCGGAGCGGAGGAGCUCAGUCAGCGGUUCCAGGAUCAGGGAGACGACUACAACAGCAUUAUGGUCAAAGCCCUGGCAGACCGGCUGGCAGAGGCCUUCGCUGAGGAGCUCCAUGCCCGGGUCCGAAAGGAGCUGUGGGGUUACAGUGCUGACGAAGCCCUGCAGACUUUAGACCUGCACCGGGUUCGGUACCAAGGCAUCAGACCAGCGGCCGGGUACCCCAGCCAACCCGACCACACGGAGAAGACCACCAUGUGGAGCCUGGCCGGGAUCCAGGAGAAGACCGGUAUCGCUCUGACUGAGUCUCUGGCCAUGACGCCUGCUGCCUCGGUGUCUGGACUUUACUUCUCCAACCCUCAGGCCUCCUACUUCGCCGUUGGAAAGAUCACCAAAGAGCAGGUGGAGGACUACGCCAAGAGGAAAGGCCAGAGCGAGUCUGAGGUGGAGAGGUGGCUCGCUCCGAUUCUGGCCUACGACACCGAGGAGUAGGAACCAAAACCAAAACCUGGACCGGAACCCGAACCGGAACCGGAUCCUGAACCCGGACUGCACACGAACAGGUCAACACAACCAGGUUGAACAGUCCAAUCAUUCCACCGGGGCCACAUUUCACAGCAUAUCAUCAGGUUUUACGCAUUUUUUAAACUAGAAAGCUUUUAUUUUUCAAUCCAGCGUCUCUUAUUUCAGUUGAAAUGGUUUUAGUCUCAGCCCACGGGUACGUACUGUCGAUUUCAGAAUAAACACAAGCACUAUAUGGACAAAAGUAUUGUGGACACAUUGGAUUCAGGUGUUUCUUUUCUAACAGGGGUCUGGGAUACAAAACAAUAAUGACUAAUGUCAGACUACAGUUUAUAUUAUGGGUUGAAUAUUAUUGUAUUGGUUAGUGUGGUUUAAAUGAUCUUUGUCUCCAAAAUGCUUCAGAGAUGGUUUUGACUG